CUGGAGUCCGGCUUACGUACUGGAAGGAGCGGUCUCCCUGGCUGCAAGUCCUCGGCACUGAUCCAGGCCACGGAUUCCAGGAUUCUCUAAGCAGGCUGGGAAGGUAGGAGACGAGAGAGUGGCUACAAUGAGUUCAGCAGUCCUGGUGGACAUUCGAGAUGAAGUCACCUGCCCUAUCUGCUUGGAGCUCCUGACAGAACCCCUGAGCAUUGAUUGUGGUCAUAGCUUCUGCCAGCCCUGCAUCACAAGAAACAGUAAUAAUUCAGUGUUCAGCCAAGAAGGGAGGAGCAGCUGUCCUGUGUGCCGGACCGCCUAUCUGCCUGGGAACCUCCGACCUAAUCGGCAUCUGGCCGCCAUAGUGAAGAGGCUCAGAGAGGUCGCGUUGGGCCCUGGAAAACAACUCGAGGUCAUUUUCUGUGCAGUUCAUAGAGAGAAACUCCAGCUCUUUUGCAAGGAGGAUGGGAAGUUAAUUUGCUGGCUUUGUGAGCGAUCUCAGGAGCACCGUGGUCAUCACACAUUCCUCAUGGAGGAGGUGGCCCAGGAGUACCAGGAAAUGUUCCAGGAGUCUCUGAAGAAACUGAGGAGGGAGCAGCAGGAAGCCGAGAAGCUAAAAGCUCUUAUCCAGGAGAAGAGGGAAUCCUGGAAGAGUCAGGUGGAGCCUGAGAAACGCCGGAUCCAGACUGAGUUUAAGCAGCUCCGAAGCAUCCUGGACAGGGAGGAGCAGCGGGAACUGAGGAAACUGGAAGUGGAAGAGAGGAAGGGGCUGAGCAUCAUAGAAAAGGCCGAGGGUGACCUGAUCCACCAGAGCCAGUCACUGAAAGACCUCAUCUCAGACCUGGAGUACCGGUGUCAGGGGAGCACCUUGGAACUGCUGCAGGAUGUGGGUGAUGUCACAAAAAGGAGUGAGUUCUGGACCCUGAGGAAGCCCCAAGCUCUCCCCACCAAGCUGAAAAGUUUGUUUCGAGCACCGGAUCUGAGGAAGAUGCUAAAAGUCUUUAGAGAGCUGACAGAUGUCCAAAGCUAUUGGGUGGACGUGACUCUGAAUCCACAGACAGCUAAUUUAAAUCUUGUCCUGUCAAAAAAUCGGAGACAGGUGAGGUUUGUGGGUGCUCAGCUGUCCGAGCCGUCCAGUCUGGAAGAACAUCAUGACUGUAGUGUCCUGGGCUCUCAGCACUUCUCCUCAGGAAAAUACUACUGGGAAGUGGACGUGAGCAAGAAGACGGCAUGGAUCUUGGGUGUAUGCAGUACCCCGGUGGAGCCCAUGUUCUCUUUCAGCCAGUACUCCAGCAAGCAGGGCGCCUACUCCAGGUACCAGCCGCAGAGUGGAUACUGGGUGAUUGGGUUGCAGCGUAAGCACGAAUACCGAGCCUAUGAGGACUCCUCCCCGUCCCUGCUCCUCUCCAUGACUGUGCCACCUCGACGCAUAGGGAUUUUCUUAGACUGUGAGGCGGGCACGGUCUCCUUUUAUAAUGUCACAAACCAUGGCUUCCCCAUCUACACCUUCUCGAAGUAUUACUUUCCUUCUGCCCUUUGUCCAUAUUUUAAUCCCUGCAGCUGUAUAGUCCCAAUGACCCUGCGGCGCCCAGCUGCCUGAGGUCUGCUACCCCUGCCCACAACUAAGCAGAUUCCCUCAAACACAUCAAUCUCCAAUCUCUGCUCUCCUAGUUGGAUAGGUACUUCCCAUCGCUAAGAGUGAGCUCCCUUAACCAGCUCAUGAAAAAGUAUUUAGUGUUUUGGGGUAAUUGUAUUUUGAUUUUGGGUUGUUU